CAGAAUCAACACCAUUCAAUCACCUGCUCCAAUCCCAAAAACCAUUCAAAUAUUCCACAAAUCAAGGAGAAAUUGCGGUAUAAAUAGCACAUCUCAGACCGUCUUUCUAAUUCUCCCAUAUUGCCAUCCCGUUAGCUCCAUUUCGUCGUACUGCAGUUCCGCGGGCGCUUGUGACAACGUCCCUGCCCCACCUCCCAUAAGAAACAAACGCCUUUCCCGCCCAUUGCAACUUGCUGGUCCUCGAAACACCAGAAUUUUCUCUGCAUCCUCGUAUGGACUCACCGGAAUGCUGCGCUCUUGUUCGCAGAUUAGGCCACGGGCCGUGGGGUUGACGUCGACUCGACAAGCUGGAUCUUGUUUAUAUUACCCUAGAAAUGCGAAAAUUGUACAAAGAGCUUGUAACCACCAGAACCAUGCCCAUCACAAACCACCACCAUGGAGGCCAGCAUUUUCUCUGGACCAGUAAGGUAUCCGAAUAUUCAGAUUGAUUCUAGAAGCUAAUCUUUAAGCAGGUGGGUGGCAAAGGAAGCUCGUCCGAUUAGUCUCAGACAGUUGAUGGUAUUUGGUCGCACAUUGACUGAAAGUCGAUUGAUUAGCUCCGCCAACUAUGUUCGGACGGAAUUGCCAACUAGGUCGAAGCUCCAUUCCGAUUUUCAAUACAAUAACUAACACUUCUUUUAGAUUAGCUCAUCGUAUACGAGAUAUGCAAACCCUUCCCUACGUCGUUGUCACGAAUCCCCAUAUCAGCCAGGUGUACGAGUUAUAUUACAAGGCUUUUGAGGGAUUGAGGAAGAUCCCAGAGAUUAAGACUUUAGAGGAUAACAAGAAGUUUUGUGAAAAGAUUGCGCAGAAUCUACAAGAGCAUCUUACAGUCAUCCCAAGUCUGGCUAUGGGAGUUUUGGAAUGCAGAGAUCUUAUGGCACAGGAGGAUAUGGACAGAUUCAUGAACACCAUACUGCGCUCGGUAAGGAAUCCUUCUAAAAGCAAAAGGAGGGGAACUUUGGCUAACUAUCCUCUUACAGCGGAUUUCUCGUCGGGUAAUAGCAGAGCAACACAUAGCUCUUACAGAAACCUUUCACAGCCCACAUCAUUUCCCAGACGCACCACUUCCGGAAACUGAAUUCGUAGGAGAAGUCCUUGUAAAAUGCAAUGCCAAUGAUAUUGUAGCUCGCUGUGGCCAUGAAGUUGCAGCUCUCGCGCAAGCCGCCUACGGUCCCUCGACCCUCCUCCCAGAAAUCAAACUUUCAGGGCAUCUCCACGCAACAUUUCCAUAUAUCCUAAGCCACAUCGAAUACAUCAUUGGUGAGCUUCUGCGCAACUCCAUCCAAGCAAUCGUGGAAAAACAACGCGCAACCCCAGGAACACCUACCCAACCACCUCCAAUCGAAGUAACAGUCUGCGAGGCUCAACAACACGUCAUAAUCCGAGUCUCAGACCAAGGAGGUGGUAUCCCAAGAGACAUCCUCCCCCAUAUCUGGUCAUUUAGCAAAGGUCCCCGCAGCCACGAGACCCUCGAGAAUCUGAACCAAGUCCCCAAAAUGGCUGCCACACUCCAAGAACUCCGCGUCUCGGACACAGAUCUCCAAUUCCCACAAAAACAAAUCGAUACCCCUGCCAAAAAACAUGCCGCUAAGGAAAGACCGGAAACCUCACAAUUCCAUAAGACGGGGGUUCUGAUGCACGAUUCGUCCCUCGCAUCUUUGAGCACACGGCCCCCAAACUUGAGACUGGGAAUGGGGCUCCCGCUGAGUAGAGUGUAUGCAGAGUACUGGGCGGGUAGUUUGGAGUUGCAUAGUCUGGAAGGAUAUGGAGUUGAUGCAUUUUUGCAGAUUAGCAAGUUGGGAAAUAAGAAUGAGCAGCUGACUAUGAGGGCUAGUAUGGAUGCAGUUUAGAGAUAGAAAGAGGGAAGGGGAGAGUGGCAAGGAGAAAAAGGGAGAAGAAUAGAGGAAGAGGGGAAGGGAAGAUAGCGUGUUUUUGUUAUGCGAGCGGAUAUACCCAUUAGUUAGUCAGAUGUUGGUUUCUACUUUGGAAACAAUUUGUUUUUCCUUUCAGAAAUGAAAGAGCGAAUUGGAUAUGAAUCAUAUGAUGGAUGAUGAUAUAUCCACCGCGAGAGAUCAGCCCUUCUAUUUCCUUGCCUGCAUGAUACUACAUCCCAUCACGCCCAACAAUCUGGCACUCCAUACGUAAUCCCAACUAUCCCUCUCUCAUAACCCCUGAAAGCAAAACGAUAUUUGUUGUAAGAAUCCUUUUGCAAGUAACAACUAUUGGGUUGAAAGGGUAUUGGGUACUGAAGGUCAUGGAGAAUUGAUUGCAUUGUAAAAGGUAGCUAUCUAAGGUGUUUAUAUAAAGAGUGUAAGGUUUAGGCAGACAUGAAGCAUUUAGGUAGCAGAACUAUAAGUGGAUCAAAUAAGGAAGUGGAGCAAAAGAGAAAGUAGACCCAGCACAACAACAACCUAG